CGGUAGGCGCUGUAGACCAUGGCUUAUCUGGGAGAGCGGGAUCGUUACGAGCAGUAUCUUCAAGAACUGAUUAAAGACAGGGAAAAGCUUUCCGUUAUGGAAGGAGUAUUCAUUCACUGUCUUAGACUUGUCGAGCUUGAAAUCGAUAGAGUGAAUGCAGUCCUAGAACCAGAGGCAGAUACAGUACCGCCUGGAACAGAAAAUGACAACCUAAUGGGAAACCCCGCAAAAGUAGCAAAAGUAGAAGGAACUGACACGGCAACAGUUGAAGAAGUCGUGUGGGAUCCUGAUGAACCAGCCAUUGACAAAUUGAAGCGGCUGAAGCAGGACCAGCAGAUGAUUGAACGCGUUGCACCGAAUGUGGUCAGAAUCUUCGAGAAGGUCUUCCUGCCUCAGAGACAGUAUACGUCCAUCAAGUAUCCGGGUCGUAUCAUUGGCCCUGGAGGAUCAACAGUGAAGGAGAUCAAUAACCUGACCGGAUGCAAGCUCCUUGUAAGAGGCAAGGGCAGCUUCAAGGUUCCUCACCAGGAGGAGAGCAUGAAGACUGUUCCUGGGUUUGAGCAUUUAGAUGAAGAAAUGCACGUUCUUAUAGAGGCUAGUGGGUCAGAGAGUGAAGCCAACUCUAAAAUGCAGCUUGCCAAGCAGAUUGUCAUAGAAAUCAUUCCACCUGAAAUAAAUCCGCCCGAUAUUAUUCAGAAAUAUGCAACAUGGGGUCGUUAUCAGUUUCUUCCUAAUCAACAGUUUCAGUUUUCUGGUCAAAUGCCCCCUCAACCGAUGAAUUUCCAAGGUGGCUACCAACCAAUGCAUCAAGGCUACCCUAUGAACAAUAUGCCUCACCAGGGCCCUCCGAUGCAAGGGAUGGGAUACAACCAAGGAGGAAACCCUCUUUAUAUGGGAGCCCCACAAAAUCCUUCACAAUAUGGAUUCCCACAGGGUGGUCCACAGUUUGUGUCUCAGCAGUAUGGGAGUCAACAGUAUGGGUAUUCACAUACAACUGCUGCUAUUCCACCCUAUCCUGCUGUGACUUUGCCGUCAUUGCCACGAGCUCAGCGGAGUUCAGUUACCCGUCCUCAUCUACCUCCGCCCCCUGGAGUUGAUCCUCCACACGGAGAACAAAGAGGAAGUGGAGAAGAUAGUGGUGGCACACAACAAAAGAAUUCUACUAAUAUGGCAUCUCACGUCUCAACACUACCGAGUCAAUCAUAUUUCAGUAACCAGGACGGUUCUCAUUCUCCAGGCCCAAGACCCGUCAUACCAGUCACACAACCAGCCGCUCUUGUGGGUAUAGACGUUGACCUGACACAGAAUGACAACUAAUAUGCAAUUGUUUGUCUGCUGUUUGGCAAGUUGGUGAGUUAUUGAAGUACUGCUUGGCUUAUUACUGUGACAUCUUAUGUAGGUACUACUUCUUAAGUGUCUGUCCUUGACUUAUUAACUUGAUUAUCUGCUGAACAUAUUAGCCGAUGAAGAAAUUGAACGAUUAGUGCGUCGGUAUGUAAUGAAUGAUGAUAUUGGUGUGAGCGUUUACUACAGUAGAGUCUAUUAUUAGUACUACUGUAUGAGUAGAAGAUAUAUCUACCGUUUAAAAUGAUCAUUAUGAAUACUGUGCCUUAUUCCU